AUGAGUACCUGGAACUGCUGUAGAACUUGUUUAGACGUGCAAUCUCUGAAUCCCAUAUUUUCAGCGCCCGAAUAUAGUGAAAAAUACAGUGAAGUCAUAUUAAAUGCCACAGGAAUCAAGGUGGAACUAGACGAUCGAUUACCACAACAAAUAUGUUCAAACUGUAUAAACUUUAUAAAUAAUUCUUACAAAUUUCGUAAAAAAUGUGAAGAAAAUCAGAAGAUAUUAAUCAGUCGCAUCAAUGAUAAACAAAUAUAUGAAAUUAAAGUAGAAUCAAAUAUAUUUAAAGCAGAAAAUAGCCAUACAAUAGACAUAUCAGAUUUAGUUAAUGAUUUCAAGUCAUUUAAUGAUAAUGAAAACAGUAUUAAUGAUUUCAUUGACUCUGUUGAAAAUAAUGAUAAUCAGAAUGUAGAAUUUGAAAAUACGGUUGAAGAAAUAGGUGAAAAGCCAGUAGAAACUGUAUUCAAAGAGAAACAGAGUAAAAGAAAUGUUGAUAAAGUACCCAGAAGGAGUUUGAGAAGUAAAAAAGAGAGUGAAGAGAAGAAAGCAAGAGUCAAAGAGGAGAUAGAGUGUGAAUAUUGCCAUAAAAUAUUAACAUCUAAGUUAUCUUUGAGGAAUCAUUAUAAAAUUCAUACGGGAUUUGAUGUUGUUUGCGAGCAUUGUGGCAAGAAGUUUAUCACCAGAAGACUGUUGCUGAUGCACUGCAGAGCCAAGCACGGCUAUGAGAAGACUGACAAGUGUUCCUACUGCGACUACCGAGCAUCGAAUGCUGAACAAGUUAAGAUCCACGAGCGGCUCCACACCGGCGAGAAGCCGUACGUGUGCAACUCCUGCGGCGCCGGCUUCCACCGCAAGAGUAGCUACCUUCAGCACGUGGCUAUACACCUUCCAGACAAGACUGUACAGGUGAAACUAGCUAUCUUUUUAAUGUCUCUGUCUGACACCAUAGCUCUUAAGGGAUCAGCCAUUAACCACGUCAUAUCUGACACCAUAGCUCCUAAGGGAUCAUCCAUUAACCACGUCAUAUCUGACACCAUAGCUCUUAAGGGAUCAUCCAUUAACCACGUCAUAUCUGACACCAUAGCUCCUAAGGGAUCAUCCAUUAACAGCCCUUAA